AUGAGAUCACGACCUCGCGCGGUUAAGACCCGGCCCGGAGUCCAGUUCAAGAGGCGUCGUAGCAUGGCAGAAACAACACCCCAAACAUUUCCCUUCCGUCCCGCUCCCGCGGGUAGCAGAGGUCCAGGACCCUUCGCCUAUGGGAUCGCCCCUGUCCCGGACCUCUACACCUCGCAACCCAUCAUCCGGGACCCACUUGAGACUUCAACAUCGGAGAUUCAGGAUGAGACAGUCGCACAGUGUCUACCCUAUCUCCGGGGCGACGUCACAAGUCUCAACUACAAUCGGCAUGGCGUCCCGAACUUGGUUCGCGGGAAGCAUAAGAACUUCUUGAAGAGGAACUUGCGAACGUUGCCGGCGCCAUUCGUUGCUGCCGAUGCCAGCCGUCCUUGGAUGCUGCUCUGGAAUUUGACGGGGCUCGCUCUAUUAGGGGAGGAUGUCUCGUCGUAUGAAACUGCUCUGAUUGACACGGCUCUCACGAUGCAGAAUAGGUCGGGAGGCUUCGGUGGUGGACAUGGCCAGAUGUCGCAUCUUGCCACUACAUAUGCCUGCGUGCUUGCCCUAGCUGUAUGCGGCACUCAGGAGGCAUACGACGUCAUUGAUAGGCGAGCGUUGUGGAAGUGGCUAUGCUCUUUAAAACAACCAAAUGGCGGGUUCCAGAUUGCAUAUGGUGGCGAGGUGGAUGUUCGGGGUGCAUAUUGUGCUGCCGUUAUCAUCAGCCUGCUCAACCUCCCUCUUGACCUGUCUCCCGACUCCCCUGCUUGGACUCCCGAGAGGCCAACUCUAUUCACAGGUCUGGCAGAUUAUGUACGUCGCUGUCAAACUUUUGAAGGAGGCAUAUCGGGUCAGCCGGACGCCGAAGCACAUGGUGCAUAUGCCUUCUGCGCACUAGGUUGUCUGUCGAUACUCGAUGCACCGCAUCGCACCAUCCCAAAACCCUCUGAUUCAUACCACACCUACUACGUCCUCGCGGGCCUGAGCUCCGCCCAGCACUAUUGGCAUCUAGAAGAGGACCCCGCCGUAUUCAGCCAAGCUACCGGUCUUCCCGCCUCGAACUGGGUCGUAUCACCCUACUUUGACGGUGGCGAGCAAAUCUUCGACGAGGAAGAUCGCGUUGUCCCCCUCCAUCCCGUCUACACGAUACCUCAGCAAAAGGUCGACGACAUUGUCAAGUACUUUGGAAGCAAGCCUGGCUUCUAG